GCUAUAUAUGAUUCCCUUCCAUACGAAGAAAGAUCACGGAAGGAGAACGAAAGAUUGGAAGCGAUUGCAGAAAGGUUACGACUGCGAUUCCGGAAGUACUUGCAAGUGUUGCGCACCAACAAGAUCACCGUGGAGAACUUGUACAAGUUCCACGUCAAGCAGCCAAUCACUUUGGGAUACAGCUGUUGUGCCAUGCCAUGCAAGGAAUUCCAGUGGCACAGUCUCUACGGCUGUAAGAUAGCGCGACACACCAGCUGUGACCUGAUACCCCCAAGCAUACCGCGCGGGGCCUUCAACCCUGGCCGCAAUCUCACGGAAGUGUGGCGCAGCAAUAUCCAGUACUUCCCCAGCCUGAAGUGGCAGUAUUUCAUCUCCAUGGAGGGGCUGCACAACGAGUACCCGGCCAAUAGUUUCAGCCAUCCUGUGCGACGACGGCACCGGCACCACCGCCAUCAAGGAUUGGAUGUGUUCCUGCACACCAUACAGCCACAGCGGAAGUAUGUUGUGAUCGUCAUGGACCACGGCAACUCCAUGAGUGUCACACAGCUGCGCACGGCCAAGGCCAUCACCAAGCAUCUGAUUGCAUCCUUCUCUGACAAUGACAGGAUUGGAGUGAUUGGCCUGUCCAGCAAGCCUGUGUACCCAAGGUCAGAUCCUUGUCUACCCCACACCAUGGUCCCUGCCACCUUUGAAACCCGAUUCUACUUCAGCAAAUUUGUCGACAGCUUGGAGAAAGUAGACUCAACCACCAACCAUACAUUAGGGUUUUUAAGGGCCUUUGAGAUGAUAGAAGAUCUCCUAGCCUCCGACUCAAUCACAGAGAACGCAAUGAUCCUGUACGUGAGUCGAGGGCUGUUGUCGUCAUUGACGGAGGCUAAAGAAGUCAUGGACAUCGUGGCUGUGCACAAUGCCAAGACAGGCCAUAAAGUUAUCAUCAACACAUAUGCUGUCAUUGAUGAUGGCAAAACAAUAAUGUAUGAAAAGAGUUUUCUCAAGGAUGUGGCUUAUCAGAACUUUGCCAGAUAUGAAGUUCCUUAUCGACUACCAACACCUGUUAUUAGGGGUAUCAUGAUGGCGAUUAAUUCUACCCAAGACUUGAGCUCAAGUGUGGGCAGGUUUUAUUUACCUCUGAAUCGGACUGCAGAGGACGACCCUGUGUUCUCACUGCCUUACAUCGAUGAAGCAGAUGGAGCCCUGACGAUGAGCCUCAGCCAACCCUGUGUGCAUACCUUACCCGACCAACCAGAUCUUCAUCACCUCAUUGGCUUGGUAGGGGUGGACCUGCACAUGGAAGAUGUGGCUCAAGAUGUUACCUACUACAGUCAUGCGGACAACUCUUACGCUUUCAUAGUUACCACACAAGGAUACACCAUCAUGCAUCCAUCCUUCCAACGCCCUCUGCGGACCAGCGUACAGCCCAUGCACACCGAUAUCAGGCAUUUUGAACAGCAUGCAGGAUUUCUGCAAGUGCGUUCGGCAAUUCUCAGCCAAGAGGAAGGGGACACAACUCUGUUACUGUACGUGACUAAUCAGACGGGUCAUGAUGAGCAGUGGGUGCAGGUUGAGCAUACAGCCAGAUACUUCUGGAAAAAGGUUGAAUCGGUUCCAUUUAUUGUGGUCAUCAAGUCCUACUAUGAGAAGAGGGAGCAAAAACAGCUGAAAAACAUUCUCAUGCACAGUCAGCCAGAGCUGUUGUACCACAGACUGGAUCUGUUUCCCAAUGACAAGAUGUGCUACCACCUGAAGCAGCUGGCCACACCAGAUGUGACCACGGUGUUCUUGUCAGCAAACAGCUUCCUUAACCCAUUUGAGCAUUUGAGUGAAGAGGAGACAAAAAGGUCGGUGCAGAGCUAUAUCGCCUACCUCAAGGAUGAUACCAGGUUGAUUACUAACCCAGGACUGAAGACUGAGGUGCGUAACGAUGUUGCAGCGACUGGCAGAAUCAGUGAGGAGUGGUUGAGGAGACACAAGGCCAGCGACUUCAACGAUUACAUUGUCAGAAGAUAUGUGGCAACGCCUAGCGGAGUUUUACGUACCUUUCCUGGAACCCUUCUGGACAAAAUGUAUGAUCCUACAAAAAGAGAAUGGUACAAUAGAGCGAUGGAGUACCCAGGCCAUGUGACCCUGUCGGCACCAUAUUUGGAUGUAGGUGGGGCAGGAUACAUUGUCACCAUCAGCCAUACAAUCUUUGAAGGAAAACCAGCAGCUUUGCACAGUCCCUUGGAUAAAGUUGUUGCUGUGAUGGGGAUGGACAUCACUCUUGGUUACUUUCACAAGCUGUUGGCCACCCAUAUCAAGAUCUGUGAGCACAAAGGCAUCAGGUGCUUUUUGAUGGAUGACAGAGGCUAUCUCAUUGCCCAUCCUGGGCUGAUUGAUCCGACAGGGAAAGGUCCAGCAGAACAGAGACACAUCACACAUAUGGAGCCUCUGGUGGCUAAUGAUAUCUUGAACCAUCGGGGCUUUGUGCAGAAGAGGCUGUGUAAUCGAUACAAUGACCGUACAGUGCAAAGAUACUUUCUGUUCAAUACAACUUUCACUGGGACACUCACAAACCUGGUUCAUGGGGAGCAGUGUGCCAGAUACCAGAUCACACACAUCCCUGGCACCAAUACCUUCCUGGGCCUAGUGAACCACACUUGUGAUACAGCAACAGCGUUCUGUCCUUGCAGCAUGUACGAUCGUCUGUGCCUAAACUGCAAACGUAUGGAGCAAACAGAAUGUGAAUGUCCCUGCGAAUGUCCCUUGGAGAUGGACUUCUGUUCUGGUUUGCUGCUGGACAGUGCCAUUGGUGUUUGUAUGAAUUACAUUGGUAGCCAUUGGUCCAUUGGUGUUUGUAUGAAAUUACAUUGGAGCCAUUUGGU